AUGCAAUCCGCCUUUGGUACAAGCUCGCUCAACCGCCACAAGUGCCCGGCACCAGCAACGCAGACCAGCAUCUCGAACCACGCGAUGACCCUCACGGUGAACGCGGAGGCGAAGAAGGCAGCAAAGCGCGCACACGUGGCCUUGGCCCUCUUCUCCGAGGAUCUUCACCCCUUUAAGAUCACUGAGGGUGGCAGCUUCAUGGCCUUUGCCCAAACGAUGCUCGAUAUUGGCCUCAAGAGCAGAGCGCGGCUCCUCGCCAAAGACGUGCUGGCCCAACCCACGACGGUCCAGCGCGCCCUAGCUGUCGAAGCCAAAGAAGCGCGAGCCAUGCUCAAGCCGCGCCUCCAGGCCCACCCGAUAUCCAGCACGUCGUUCAUUUCGCUCACGUGCUCCUACAUCACGUACGACUGGAAGCUCGUGGAUCAAGUACUUGGCGUUCGGAGUCUCUCCAACGAGCCGCACACUGCGAUCUUUAUUAAGAACGAGACAUCGUCUAUUCUGAAAGAGUACGGCAUCUUCAGCACGACGCCGAUCAACCUUGACGCAGGACGCCACAAACCAUUCAUCGGCAACGACGGACCGCGGCGCAAAGCGCAAGCUCUUCACCGUUGA